AUGACGCUCGAGUCCACGAAUAAUUUGAAGAACACGAUCACGCCGGCGGGCGCUAAAGCGAAUGGCAAUGGCAAGGCCCAUCUAAGCUCUGCGGAUAUCAUCCAUCUGGAGCAUGAGUACGGCGCUCACAACUAUCAUCCGCUUCCGGUCGUGAUUGACCGUGGCCUUGGUGCGAAAGUAUGGGAUCCCGAGGGACGCGAGUAUAUCGACAUGCUCUCGGCUUACUCGGCCGUGAACCAGGGUCAUUGUCACCCACGCAUCGUAGCUGCACUGACAACUCAGGCUCAGAAGCUGACGCUUUCUUCGCGCGCGUUCUACAACUCCCUCUUUGGCGUCUUUGCGCAGAAGAUCACCGAUAUCUUCGGUUAUGACAUGGUCCUGCCUAUGAACACGGGUGCCGAAGCCGUCGAGACGGGUCUGAAGCUCGCACGCAAGUGGGCAUACCAGAAGAAGGGUGUCAAGGAUGGACGUGCCAUCAUCCUCAGCGCUGAAGGAAACUUCCAUGGCCGCACGCUCGGCGUCAUCUCGAUGUCGACUGACCCGGAAAGUCGGACUGGCUUUGGUCCUUACCUCGACAAAGUGGGCCCUACGUACCAAGACGGCGAACAGACAAAGACCAUUCGCUACGGUGUUAUCGAAGACCUCCGUCGCGCGUUUGAACUGUAUGGCGAAGACAUCGCAGCGUUCUUAGUUGAGCCUAUUCAAGGCGAAGCCGGCAUCGUUGUCCCGCCGGAGGGCUAUCUCAAGCAAGUGCGCGAGCUUUGCACGAAGCACAACGUGCUUCUCAUCUGUGACGAGAUUCAGACGGGUCUUUCGCGAACGGGAAAGCUUUUGGCGCACCACCACGAUGGUAUUCGCGCUGAUAUUGUUCUGCUCGGCAAGGCUUUGUCUGGUGGACUGUACCCCGUCUCCGCCGUUCUUGCCGAUCGUGACAUUAUGCUCUGUAUUCAGCCUGGCGAGCAUGGUAGCACAUACGGCGGGAACCCCCUCGGAUGCGCGGUAGCUAUGACGGCCCUGGAUGUUUUGCUAGAGGAGAAACUCGCAGAGCGCGCUGAGGUGCUGGGACAACGGUUCCGCAAAGGCGUUGAGGCUAUUGGUAGUCCUCUUGUCCAGCUUGUGCGCGGACGUGGCCUGCUCAACGCUGUCGUCAUCGACGAGAGCAAGAGCGCUCGUGGUCGAACUGCUUGGCAGUUCUGCCUGCUCCUGAAGAGCAAGGGCCUGUUGGCGAAGCCCACGCAUGUCAACAUUAUUCGCUUUGCGCCGCCGUUGGUCAUCUCUGAGGAGGAUCUCGAUAAGGCCGUCGCCAUCAUUGGACAGUGUCUCCAGGACCUUGACACGCUGGACGAGAUUCCCGGUGAGGUUGAGAGUGAGAAGGGCUUCCAGGAUCAUAUCGAGAAUUAA